AGACCGGCGGUGGGCGCUCAUUCCGCGACUCGCAGUGUUCGGCAUCGGAGAUCGCGCCGUCGGAGAAAAGAAUACCGACCACCGCGAAAAAUUAUUUUGCCGCGAAAAUUCUUAAAUAUCACCGUACGGCUUGCAAAAAAAAAACUCAAAACUUUUAACCCCGAAGAAGACUUACAAGAAGAACUCUACGACGACGUCCCGACGCUCAGCACCGCGAGCUUGACCACAAAACUAAACGAACGAACGAACCUUUUUUUUUAACGAAGAAGAGGACUCGAACGACCCUUAAAAUAAAGAAUUAACAAAAACUUAUUAAUAUCCACGACCUUCGACCCUUCUUUUCAAAGUCACAACGUGAAUUGUCACCGAACCACCGACCAAAUGAAAAGCGAAAUGGCCUUCAUGGACCAGAUCGAGAUCGCCAACUUUCUGGCGCAAGAACUGUUUUACCAACAGUUUCUCAACUUCGAAGGAUAUUCUGGCGUUCCGACCAGGACCACGCCGACCCUGACACCCACGACCCUCAGGAACAUCGAGCAAACUUUCAUCGAACUGCAAUCGGAAACUGAAAGCCACGAAAACGAAGCUGGAUUUGUACCUCCUCUUGUUCACUCAAUCGGGAACAAUCAAUAUAUACCGGCCUCCGAAGCUGAUAUUUACAACAAGUCAAACUUGUGGCAACAAUCUUUAUCUCAAUCGAGCUCAGAUUCGAGCACGAGACCUACACCACCAGUUACCCCAAAGAACGGCAUCAUAACUAAUAACGCGCCAGCCCCUCAAAGUAGACGAAACAUGGGUGGUCGUAAACCAGCGAAAGAACUUCACCUUUCUCCCGAAGAGGAGGAACGAAGAAGAAUUCGACGAGAAAGAAAUAAAGCAGCUGCAGCUCGAUGCAGAAAACGCAGGGUCGAUCAUACAAAUCAAUUAGUAGAGGAAACAGAAAGAUUGGAACAAAAGAAGCAACAACUUCAAGAUGAAUUAAAAGAGAUAAGACAACAAAUAGACGACUUACAAACGUUUUUAGAAUUGCAUAAAAAUUCCAACAGUUGCUUCUUGAAUACCAGGUCGUCGAGUCCCCAAGAUAUCAAACCAUACGACCUACCUCACCAAUUUAAUAAACCCCCCGGGCUGCACGAGCGGAUCAAGUCGGAAAUAAUCGAACCAUUAGACGAUGACUGUUUUCCGCCACCGUCGAAGAAGUUAAUGUUAAGCCAGGCGGUGCCCGCGGUUAUAAAACCUUCUAGACCGCGUACACUUGACGUAAAUCGUAUUAGAAUGGCUGAAGAACUACCGGGUAUCGUCGUAACGACGCCGUCAGCAGGAAUUCAAUUUAAUUUCGAUUCGUUAAUGGUUGGUGGUACCGGAUUAACGCCGGUUAGUGCUCCAUUGGCGCCAACGUGCAGUACCCAAAUUCGUAUCCCGCCUACCUCCAUAGCCGACAUUACUUCGCCCGACAGUUGCGGCCCACCAAAACUAGUUAGCUUAUAAAACAUAGAGAUCGUAGUUCAUGAACUUCUUUCUGUUUUGCAAUAAAUAAUUGAGGUACGGAAAUAAUGAAUUUAAUCAAUUCAAGUUAUCAUAAAUAAUAAUAUAGCUAUCGAAAAGAGUGAGUAAUUGUUUUCUUUUAAUAUUCUCCAAUAAAAUAAAUAAAACUCGCUUUAUUAACGCAAUCAAAUUUAUUCGCUCUAUUUUUGUGAUUAUUUAUAUUAUUAUUUUAUUUCUUACUUUCGAUUGUUUUCGUUUUUUUUUUGUAAAGAGGUUAAAAAACGAAUUAAGUGCAAUUAUUCGGCGAGAGAUCUCUUUUUGUCAUGAACUACGAUGUUGCGACUUGCGGCCAACUUUUUUGUAAACGUAAACCGAAAAGAUUUGGCUAAGUGCUCAGUGGAAGAAAUAAAAAGAAAAGAUUCAUAUAUAUAUAUUUUGAACAAUUUCUUAUUGAUUAUUAUUAUAUAUAUACACAUAUAUAUAUAUACAAGGAAAAAACAAAAAUGAUGAUUCGUGAUGUUUUAUACGAGAUUUGUAAAUAAUAAUAAUGAAAAUACGGUCAAGUAAUUACCAAGCCAUGUUUAGUAAAAUUAUUAUUGUACUUAUGCACCUCAUUCUCUCUCUCUCCAUAAAUUAAGUACAAUAACCAAAAAAACCAACAAGUCAACCAAAUAUAAUUUAUUAUAUAAAUUAAUUAAAAUCGUUCUAGUGUCAUAUUUAUUAAUUAUAAUGUUAUGUAGUGUAGUCGUUUUUGUUUUUAUUUUUUUUCCUCAAAUCCACAUAACGAACGCUAAAGAAGUGAAAAAAAGUUACUACUAAACAUGGACCAAGAUUGUGCUCAAAAAAAUGUAUAAUUGCUAUUUUGCUAUGCUAAGAGCAGAUUUAUUUUUUUGCUACCACGAAAAUGCCUUUUUUUUGUAAAAGAGGAAAGAAUAGCUAAAUGAAUAAUAAAAUAUAUUUACUUAAUAUUCCCUCCAUCUAAUUUUUAAGUAGCGCCUAAGAUCGAUUACGAAAAAGCGAUACGAUUCACACCGAUACAAAAUAUAUUUUUGUAUGGUAGGGGCGACGUCUGUUACCUCUCUCCCUAUUAUUGUCGACGUGAAAUGAAAAUAAAGCGAUUUGUGUUACUAUUGAUAAGUAUAUUUGAAUAAUAUAUAUUAGAGACAUUUAUAAUAUAUUAAAAUUAUAUAAUAAAUUAAAAUUAAGCAAUAAACAUUAGUAGGUUACAUUAUUUGUAAUCACCAUCAAUUUUUAUAUAGUAGUUUGUCAGAUUUUGUAUUUAUUUUAUGCAUUGCUAUUAAGUAACUAAAUAAAUCUUAUCUUUUAAAAGUG